AUGUCGGCGCUCGUAUCUGCCCUCCGCGCCGCCGGCCGGCACCAUCUCUCCGCUGGCACCCUCAUCACGAGGCCGGUGACGGGCUCCUACCUGUUCAGAAUCGACCAGUACAAGCGCAUCCAGAAGAUGGUCGGCAAUGGCACGGUGAUCAAAUCAGGCACGUUCGGCGCGGGCGGCCACGACUGGCGCAUCAAGUGCUACCCGAGGGGCGAAGUAGGAUAUCGAGGCUACAUCUCCCUUUACCUCGAGCACGCCAGCCACGGCCGCACCGGUGACGCCACGGCUGAUUACUGCAUGAGCAUCCUCGACCACGCCGGGAACCCAUCGUGGACAAAGGGUAAUGCCCAAUUAUCGGAUGAAACCGAUGGUGAGAGUGAGAGUGAGACUGAGACCCAGGCGAACAACUUCUCGAACCACGACGCGUUUGGCUGGGGUGCCUUCAUGAAGAUCGAAGACCUUGACGAGGAGGAGCACCUCAAGGACGGCUGCUUGUGCAUCCUCUGCGACGUGACCGUCCUUGACAUGCGCACCACGGACUACGGCGCCCGGCGUGCAUCCACGGGCGCCAUGGUGCCGCCGCCCGGCCUGCACCGGCAACUCAUAGAGGACCUCUGGGAGUCCAAAGAGGAGGCGGACGUGGAGAAUGUGUCUUGA